GGCAGAUUUCAGAGUUUGAUGACCUAAAUUCUAUGGAUACCUCAAUCAGUUGGAUGUCAAAUUGGGGGGCCAGAUUUCUAGUUUUGUUAGACGUAAAAUAAUCACCGUAACCGAACAGGAUUUCUCGUCGGAGAUUAAGUUCCUGUUCGCAUUUGGGGAUGGAUUGGGGGGAGAGGCCAUGGCGGAGCGGCAGCUGUUUGCUUGAGGUCAGCCACGGAGAUGGUGGCAACGGCGGUGGCUGAGGAGCAAAAUACUACCUUUCAAGUUGGUGUGAUUCUUGAUGCAAAUUCCACAAAUGGACGCAUAGGCAACACCAGCUUGUUAUUAGCUCUCUCCGAUUUGUAUUCAAUUAAUUCAAAUUAUUCGACACGAAUUGUGCUUCAUCCAAGGGAUUCAGGACCUCAAAUCACCUAUGCUGCAGCUAGUGCGCUCGAUUUGUUGAAGGAUGUGCAAGUCGAUGCCAUUAUUGGUCCUCAAUCUUCUACACACGCAAACUUUGUGUCUGGUCUUGGAAAUGCAGCACAUGUGCCCGUCAUUUCUUUCACGGCAACCAGCCCUUCUCUCGGUCAACCUCCCUAUUUUUUUCAAGCAGCCAUAAAUGAUGCUGCUCAAGUUGAUGCUAUUGCCGCCAUAGUUAAGUACUUUCACUGGAAUCAAAUUAUUUUCGUAUACGAAGAUUCAGAUUAUGGCAACGGCAUUAUACCUUACCUUUCUAAUGCUUUUCAACAAGUAAAUGCUCGAGUUUCGUACAGAAGUGUCAUCCCUAUCUCGGCAAAUGAUGACUUCAUCAUUGAAGAGCUAAAAAAUAUGAGAAAUAUGCAGACUAGGGUGUUUGUGGUGCACACUACAACCCCUCUUGCUUCUAGAAUCUUCCUCAAAGCAAAGGAAGCGGAAAUGAUGAGUGACGGCUACGUGUGGAUCGUAACCAGCGGUAUCAUGAAUUUGUUUUAUUCACUGGACAACCCACUCAUUGUAAAGUCUAUGCAAGGAGUUCUUGGUGUAAAACCCCUCGUUCCAAGUUUGCCUACACUCAAUUCUACAACUAUAAGGUGGAAGAAAAAGUUUGCAGAGAUUAAUCCAGGAAUUACUGUACCACAAGAGAUCAACCUUUAUGGGUUGUGGGCAUACGAUACCUUAAGCGCAUUGGCUCAAGCUGCUGAGAAAGUUGGAUUUAGGGAGCCAAGUUAUUUGCAGAACACAAGUGCUCUUAACUCUACCGACAUAUUUAUUACUGGAACAUCACGAAGAGGUCCGAUUCUUCGAGCAGCAAUGUUGGAAACCGAAUUCGAAGGACUCUCUGGGAAUUUCAGAUUGGUUAAUGGGAAAUUAGAGCCAUCAUCUUUUGAAAUAUUGAAUGUAAAUGGCAUGGGGCUGACAAAAGUUGGAAUUUGGAAACCAAUAUUGGAAAGUUCAAGUCGAAGGAACGCAAACACGACAGGUUUUAUAGGUGAUAAAUUGGGGAAUAUUACAUGGCCUGGAGGAUCAAGCAAUAUACCAAAGGGAUGGGAGGUUCCAUUACGUGGUAAAAAGCUUAAAGUCGGAGUUCCAUCAAAAGCUGGUUUUCCAGAAUUUGUGAAUACAAAGGAUGCCACCAACAUUACUGGAUUAUACAUAGAUUUGUUCAAGUAUGUCACGGCAGAACUACCUUAUGUCAUUGAGUAUGAAUUUAUCCCGUUUGAAAUGAAUAAUGGCUCAGGUCGGAGCUACACUAAUUUAUCAUACCAAGUAUUUAAUGGGAACUUCGAUUCUGCUGUUGGAGACAUAACGAUUACAGCAGACCGAUCGGAAUACGUUGACUUCACUCUUCCGAUUGAACAAGGUGGUAUUACCAUGACACAAAAAAAUGGUCAGAAUGAUUUUUUUUUUUUCGUGAAGCCCCUCGAACUUAAGCUAUGGUUAACUGCCAUAGCAUUGUUCAUUUUCACUGGACUGGCUCUGUGGAUUCUCGAGCAUAGGUUAAACUCAGAUUUCAGAGGUCCCGUAUCAGAACAUAUUGGUCUGAUCUUUUACGUGCCCUUCAUGUCAUUAGUAUUUUCCAACAGGGAAAAGAUAGUGAGCAAUUUAGGUCGGCUGGUGUUAGUCGUGUGGGUGUUUGUUGUCCUGAUAUUGACCGCGUUUUACACAGCAAGUCUUUCGGCAAAAUUUACAAUUAUCAAGCUUGAUCAUAAUACCGAUUCAGAAGUAAGUAAGCUUAUUAGAAACAAAGAAUAUGUUGCAUGUCGCAGUGGCUCUUUCGUUUGUGAUUUCGUGAAAAGUCUGGGAUUCAACGGAUCCAUGAUCAAGAGUUAUGAAACUGCUGAUGAAUUUCAUGCUGCCUUCUCUAAUGGUAGCAUAACGGCUAUGUUUACUCGUACUCCUUACAGCAAUCUCUUCUUAUCCACGUACUGUAACAAGUACGUGCAAGUUGGCUCAGCCUAUCACACUGAGGGAUUCGCCUUUGUAUUCCCAAAGGGCUCGCCAUUAGUUGCUGAUGUGUCUCGUGCAAUUAUUAAACUGACUAAUAAUCACAAUGUUUCGACAACAACAAAAAGGUGGAUACCAGAGACGUGUUCGAAAUAUGAUUCCUCCACGGAACCAUGGAAAAACAUCGAACUGAAAAAAUUCAAAUUCCUGUUUGGAAUAACAGCGGGGAUAACAGGGACCUGCCUUGUGGUUUUCCUAGCCACGUAUUUGUACGAGAACAGAGAUUUUGUUCAAAGGGUGUCUAGCUCCAACGCCACAGCUUGGUCCAAACUACGCUCGAUUUCCAUGCAUUUCGAUCGAAGAGACCCCAGAUCUUUUCGGGGAAGUGGUGAAUUUAAUGCUUCGCCAAAUCGAAACGUGCAUCACCGUUGUUGUACUUGUAGCGCAGAAGGAACGCCCUUACGUGAAAUGUAAGGGUGGUGUAGUUUGUUUCUGCUUGUGUGUUUGUUUUCUUUUCUUGACACGCGUACGACUUUGCUUGCUUUUUUUCUUUUGUUCAAGAUUGUUAAUUUCACUCCUGAUUUUUUUUAGCUUUCGCCUAUCGAUGUCCUUGAAAUUAUUAAUUACCGAGUAAUUACCUAUUGUUUCGACUG